AACUGCUAUUCUCUUUCUGAGAAGUGAGACAUAGUUCGGGUUUUUUCUGUUUUUACCCAGUGGUCGUCAACCAAAUUCGGUCCGAUCCGUCAAAAAUCUGGUUCUGACAGCCUGGUCGGUCGACGUGCACACAGAACUUGUCCAUUCACAAGGAUUAUUCAUCACAGAGCUUCUCAGCGUUUUACUCGAGGAAAACAGAAAAGUGGUAGCUGUCAAUUAGAUUCCACCAUGGCGUUCGCAGGGCUGAAGAAACAAAUAAACAAAUGCAAUCAGUACAUGACGGAAAAAAUGGGAGGCGCGGAAGGAACCAAGCUCGACGUCGAUUUCAUGGACAUGGAGAGGAAAACGGAUGUUACAUAUGAACUUGUUGAAGAGCUCCAGCUCAAAACUAAGGAAUACCUACAGCCCAACCCGACAGCCAGAGCCAAAAUGGCUGCGGUCAAAGGUAUCUCCAAGCUAAGCGGGCAGGCAAAAGCGAGCACAUACCCGCAACCAGAAGGCACACUCGGCGAGUGCAUGUCCAUGUACGGAAGAAAACUAGGGGAUGAUUCACAUUUCGGGCAAGCACUCCUUGAGUUGGGAGAAGGACUGAAACAAAUGGCUGAUGUUAAAUACUCGCUCGACGACAAUACGAAACAGAACUUUCUCGAGCCUUUGCACCAUCUACAGACUAAAGACCUCAAGGAAGUUAUGCAUCACAGGAAAAAAUUACAAGGGCGUAGACUUGAUUUUGACUGCAAACGAAGAAAACAAGCUAAAGGAUCUAACAUUACAGAUGAUGAGAUAAAAAUGGCAGAAGAGAAAUUCGCAGAGUCUCUUCACCUCGCUCAGAUGGGCAUGUUCAAUCUCCUCGAGAACGAUGUUGAACAAAUCUCCCAGCUGGCGACAUUUGCAGAAGGGCUCCUCGACUACCACAGGCAGUGCACUGAAAUCUUACAAGUUGCUGUUGAAAACUUAAAUGAAAAGAGGGAAGAGGCAAUUCGAAGGCCAAAGGUGGAAUUCGUACCCAAGACGCUGUCAGAUCUCCAGGUCGAAGUGAUGGGCGAUGGAUUUAACGGUACGAGCACAUUUCAUGUGUCAGCGCCCCAAGACCAGGAACCGUGGGCGAUGAGGAUACAAAAUCGAGGUUUGCCUCGUAAUGACCCCUUUGAUGAUCUUCAGGACCAACUUUCUUCUAUAACAUUACACUCUUACUCGUUUAACAAAGGUUCUUCUCAGGCAUCUUCACCUGUUCACGGAAAGCCAAGCCACCUGGAAAUCGGAGGCGUACAACAGGCGAGAUCAACCAACGCAUCUCCUUUGCCAUCGCCUGUUAAGAGCUCACCCGCUCGUACGCCAAUGUCUAGGGUGCCUUGCUGCACGGCGCUUUAUGAUUUCGAAGCUGAAAACCCCGGCGAGCUUGGUUUCAAGGAGGGUGACACGAUAAAUUUAACAAAUAAGAUCGACGACAACUGGUAUGAGGGUACGCUGAAUGGUCGCAGUGGCUACUUCCCGGUUACUUACGUCCAGGUCGUCGUCCCGCUGCCCUAAGCUGUCACCCGCCUCUAAGCAUCUUCCUUAUUUCUUAAGUAUUGUUUUGCCUCAGGAUUCACUUCAUUUAUCUGACCGAUACUUUUAAAAGGAGAUUAAAGGGGGAAAUUCUCAGAAACUGCCAUUGUUUUUUCUUUCAUUUUCUGUUAUUGAAUAACUGCUAAUUCAUCACAAAUAUAUUUAAUUGAUAUUUAAA